GCUGUCUGUGCUAGAAGGCUAUUGAGGAAGGGACAGGUAGCAGGUAACAUCUCGCCCUCUGCUCUUAGGAAACGCAGCUGAACAGGCCGGAGACGAUACAAGCCAUGUCAAAACACACACUGGAGCUAUUCCUAGCUCUCAUCAUGGCAGGAGCAGUCGCAGUGCUGGGAGGGGCACCACUUUUGUUUGUCCAGAAUUCUCGCCGAGGCGACAUCGUGUUGGUCCAACACGUUACGUUACACACAAAUUCUUCGACUGGAAGCGCCUUGUGGAAUGGCACUGUCCCCAACGAAUGUACUUGUCGUAAUAUGUGUUGGGCAAAGACAGGCUGUGUUACAUUGUCUUACAAUACACUGGACAAACGAUGUAUCCUUUCUGACAAAAUGCCUCAUGAAUGUUUCUUCACGUCAAGUCCUGGAAGCUUUGUUGCUUACCACACAAGUUCCUUUACAAAUCAAUCCUACACUCCCGGACCAGAUGGGUACCUCUAUGUAGUCCCCAAUUUCGUGAAAAAUUUCGAUGAAGCGAAGUCAACUUGUGCCAGGAUUCCGAGUCACAGAUUGGCCAUAUUUCUCAAGAUGUCUCAGUACAACGUCUUAGAACAAAUAAGGAAACAGAUGGGUGGAAAUCCAGAGAUUUGGGUUGACAUGGUAAGUUUGAUCGAUGGUCCCAGGUGGGGUGAUGGAACGUACUACAAGAAUUCUGAGCUUGCUGGGAAAGUUCAAGCAUGGUAUACAGCAGGGAAUAUGUUUGGAAUGCGAACCUAUCUGAAUGAUUUUGAUGACCAAAAUCCAAUGGUAAAACUUCUGUUCAUCUGCCAAGCUGAUCCCACAGGGAUGAGGUGGUAAGGAUACAUACCAGAAAGGAUCUAGAGAAAAGGAAGGUAGUAGGCUUUGCCAACCCAUCUGUUACUUGAUUCUCUGAACUCUCUGCACAGGAUUUGCAAAGUAACAUAAUUUUUGUCGACUGCUCUUUUAUUUGACCCCUUCCACUCUUUGCACGGAAACUGUAGACAGAGAUCUUGUCUGCUCUAGUGAUUUAUGCUUGCAAGUCUGUGCAGUAUUUCCUGGGGCAGCAUGGCACUGAUUCUCUCUCAUGUUAGUUUAUUGAAAUCACUAACUGCACUGGACAUAUAGAGCAGAAAGACAGAAAUUUUGUUAACUAGUCUUUUACUUGACUAUUGCAAAACUGUAUGAAGAGCAAUAUAACACAGAUUCUUUUCAUUGUUAUUUUAUUUGAUUCUUAGACUUACAUUAUGCAUAGACUUUGUGGGAUAAUUCUGUGGACUUUGUCCACUGAAAUUUUACUGCAGCCUUGGAUUCAUUUGAUCGCAAAUACUUUUUGGAGCUUAUACAUAUCAGUUUUUGCCACAUUUCUUCAAUUCUGUUACGAAAUCAUAUCAUUUUAUGACGAAUUGGGACAUAACAAUUGGAGAUCUACAAGAAAUGUGAUCAGCACAGCACAUGUAAGAUAUGGCCUACUGGUACCAAAGAUGGGAAAACCAUGAUGUCAUUAAAUUGUGUAGAAUCAUUAUAAAGUUUGAGGUAAAUAAACUAUAAUAAUACAUGCCAAGAUUGCUAUAUGUUUUACAGUUGAUUUCAUCUGAUAUAUAAAUGCUAAGCUUUGGAAAGUUUACCUUCCUCCUUGUCUAAAAGGAUAAUUACAAGUGUUGUUUAUUGUAAGGAAAUGCCUUUUCUUUAAUCAGGUGCACUGCAACUUUCUUGAUGGUUGUUAUAACUAGGGACAAUUAAUAAAUCCUAAUUUUUGAAUUUCUUAUAACAUCUUACAAUGAAAAAUGUUUUCUUGUUACCAAUCUUUUGAUUUGUAGAAUAAUUAUAAUUUGUUAUUACUGGAGUAAUUAAUAAAUAAUUCUUUCUUUA